CCUGUUCUCGGCCACCUAGCGCUGCGACCCUGCUGGUCCCGGCAGGCGGAGCCCCAGUCAAGCGGAAAGUGUGGGAGGCGCUCGACAUUGUGGUAAUAAAGGGCGGUGCAGGCUGUGGCCUGGAGUGAGAACUCGCUGAGCGCAGCAGCAGGGCCUGGUCCUGCGCCUUGGGAAUCGGCGUCCAGGCUCGGAGCGCGGCACAGAGAGGGCGCAGCGCUGCACGAGGUGGCAGGCCCUGCAUCAUGGAAAGUUUUUCUAAUGUGAGUGGAACCUUUGCCAUACGCCUGUUAAAGCUACUAUGUGAAGAUAACCCUUCACGCAACGUGUUUUGUUCCCCUAUGAGCAUCUCCUCUGCCCUGGCCAUGGUUCUUCUGGGGGCAAAGGGAAACACCGCCACCCAGAUGGCCCAGGCACUUUCUUUAAAUACAGAGGAAGACAUUCAUCAGGGUUUCCAGUCACUUCUCACUGAAGUAAACAAGCCUGGCACACAGUACCUGCUGAGAAUGGCCAACAGGCUCUUUGGAGAGAAAACUUGUGAAUUCCUCUCAACAUUUAAGGAAUCCUGUGUUAAAUUCUACCAUGCUGAGCUGAAGCAGCUUUCUUUUAUCAAAGCUGCAGAAGAGUCCAGGAAACACAUCAACACUUGGGUCUCAGAAAAGACUGAAGGUAAAAUUGAGGAGUUGUUGCCGGUUAACUCAAUUGAUGCAGAGACCAGGCUGGUUCUUGUCAACGCCAUCUACUUCAAAGGAAAGUGGAAUGAACGGUUUGAGGAAACAUACACAAGGGAAAUGCCUUUUAAAAUAAACCAGGAGGAGCAAAGGCCAGUGCAGAUGAUGUAUCAGGAGGCCUCCUUUAUGCUCGCCCACGUGGGCGAGGUGGGCGCGCAGCUGCUGGAGCUGCCCUAUGCUGGCGAGGAGCUGAGCCUGCUGGUCUUGCUACCUGACGACGGCGUGGAGCUCAGCACGGUGGAAAAAAAUCUCACUUUUGAGAAACUCACAGCCUGGACCAAGCCAGACUGUAUGAAGAGCACUGAGGUUGAAGUUCUCCUUCCAAAAUUUAAACUGCAGGAGGAUUAUGACAUGGAAUCUGUGCUUCCACGUUUGGGAAUGGUUGAUGCUUUCCAACAGAGCAAGGCUGACUUGUCGGCAAUGUCAGCCGAGAGAGACCUGUGUCUGUCCAAGUUUGUGCACAAGACUUUCGUGGAGGUGAAUGAAGAAGGCACGGAGGCGGCGGCGGCCUCGGUCGUGGUGGUGGCAGAGUGCUGCAUGGAAUCUGGCCCGAGGUUCUGUGCCGACCACCCUUUCCUUUUCUUCAUCAGGCACAACAGAGCCAACAACCUUCUGUUCUGCGGCAGGUUCUCAUCUCCAUAAAGGGUACAUUUACUGUGCACUCAGCCAUUUCCCUCUUGCUGUAUCCCCAGAUCCCCCCUCCCCUACAGCUCCAAGAGGAUGGGCCUAGAAAGCCAAGGGCAAAGAUGAGGGCAGAUUCCUUACCUGUCUGCCCUCAUGAUUUGCCAGGAUGAGUUCAUGAUGCUCCACACUCCGCUCUUCUAUACUGACCACUCAUUUAUGCUACACUGAAUCAGAAUCUUGGGAAAAUCGACCAUACUGAUUCCCUGCUGCAUUAAAAUUGCGGUCCAAAUCCCCUAGGAUGGCGUACACAGUUUUCUAGAAUUCCACAUGCAGUUCACCCUGGCUACCCUGUGCUUUCCUGAUACCUCAAAUACGUGACCUUAACACGCUGCCUCCGUGGUAAUAAAUGCUGCUAGAUGUUGCUAUUUUAUAGAUUUUCCUGGUGCUUAGCCUUUUUAAAAGUUUUAAAAAUGCACAUGUAUAUUUUAUGUUUAUUUUAUUUUUGACAUUUACCAAUCAUCAAACAUGUACUUGAGGACUGCAUUUGGCACUGGGGAUGCAAAGGGGACAGAGCCAUUCUCUGUUGACACUUGGUCUUCAAUUCUGUGCCCAAUUUAUAUAGCUUUGACAACAACCAGGUUGGACUGUUUAAUGAUGUCUUUCAACUUACCAGGUAAUCCUCUAGUAGGGAUCACACGUUUCUUUACGAUAUUGUGUUUCUCUACCUCUAACAGUAAAAAUUCCAGUCAACCCCUAAAGCUCAUUUCAAAUGUCUUAUUUCAGAAAUGUUUCCUUUCUCCACAACCAGAUGUGCAUAUGUGAACUCUGUGCACUUGAAGGGCAGCUCCUUUGUGGUAGUUCUUUAUUUUAUUAAUCUCUGUAUCCUUAGAUAGUCCUCCAACAAGACCUGAAGUUCACCAAGGGUUGGAACUCUAUCUUACAUAGCUGGGCGCAGUAAUACAUAAGUUGAUUAUAUACGAGUUCUGAAACUUAUUUUUUUAAUGGUUGGAUAUUGCUGGCUUUAUCUUUUUUAAAGAAUUUUUGUAUUGAGGUGAAAUUCACAUAACACAAAAUUAACUAUUUUAAAGUGAGAAGUUCACUGCCACUUAGUAUUGUUAACAAUGUUGUAUAACCAUUAUAUAUAGUGCAGUAAUAAGUAAGUUGAUUACAUAUGAGCUGUGAAACUUAUUUUUUUAAUGGUUGGAUAUUACUGGCUUUUUUUUUUUAAAGAAUUU